CCUCUGGAAUGUGUCGAGAUUUUUUCUCGAGCGCGCGCGCGCGCUAUGCAACGAGAUGCACCUGGCGCUCGAGCGUAGCAUUGUGUCAUUCGUAACGCCUGCAGCGGAGCUCUUUCUCUCGUAUAUACCUGCUCCGAGCGGCCCUAUUAUCUCCACUGCUUUUCUCGAGUUUUCUCCAUACCUGCUUUGUCAUUGGGUGCCUGUAUGGCAUAUAUACGGCUUCUUAACAGGUGACGGCGGCAUUCCUUGUUCCUUUGAAACGGGCCUGUGUAGGCUGGCAUUUAAGACAGGGAAAGAUCGGUACUGUUUGUUUUAGUUUAAAUAAAUUAUACGAUGUGCGUUCGAAGCGGCUAUAAAAUCCGAAGUCCGCCGCUGCAGGUGACAAAAUCAGCCCAUUAAGGCACCCCGACCGCAGAGUCAAUACAGCACAGGUCUAAUCUCCCUCACCCUCGCAAUAAAUAUCGGUGGCCCUCCAUCCCUCUAUGCCAAAUCCAAUAAUAAAGCCGCAGCACUGCAACGACCAGCGCCGGCCACCAGCAGCAGCCAUAAAAUCCUCGACAAUCUCUCGUGCGGCAUUCCUAGCAGGUAUAUAUAAUAUAGCAGCUCCACGGCCAUGUUGCAGUCUUGCGCUUGGGGGCCCAUUGGCUCGCGUCUCGGGCCCGGAUUUUCUCCCGCCGCUCUCUCACUAUACUCCCGAUCGGACGCUCCCACUCUCUUUUCCUCGAUCACGCUCGUCCGCUGCAGAGAGUAGUAUACGGCGUAUACUAUACAUACACACUACACAGCUCUCUCUCUCUCUCUCUCUAUCUCUCUCUCUCUCUCUCUCUCUCUCUGUCUGUCACGCGUGUGAGUCCCACUUUCCCCAUUGUAUGCGGAAGACGACGAGUCUGGGUAUCGCUUUUUCCCAAAGACAGUCGGCUGCUGCUGCUCUUCGUCAUGCCGCUCGCGGAUUUCACCUUUUCCGAGCCGCCGAGCAGCAGUGCCACGCCGGAGAGGUAAGGAGCUGGACGCCGCCAUUGACGGCGGAGUGAACGGGUUAUUGUGUUCUGUGCAUUGCGAUUUGCAGCUGUGUUGAUCCGUUCAAAGCAUAUACGAGCAGCUGGUUUCCGCGAGUGUCUAUAAUCGACGAUGUGACCUGUGCGCCAUGAAAGAGGAAUAAUUAUACGCGGGUGAGAGGCAUAUCGCGCGCGUCGGCCCUGGAAGAAAGAGAGAGAGAGAGAGAGACAAAGAUUACGCGCAUUCCGUUCUCUCGCUCCGCGGAAAAAGUCGCGGCGUAUACACUACACACACACACGCGUUGUAUACUCCCACUCUCUUCAUAUACUGACUCGCGGCCGCUUGUGUGUUGUGUGCGUCUUAGAACGCGAUCGCGAGUGCGCGCUUCUUAUACGUCUAUAUAUCGGAAGUGCGAUUAUAAUUUUCGCGAGUGCGCGAAUCCAGAGACCAGUUUCUCGAGCUUCAUUCAAGACUGUGUGUGUGUGUGUGUGUACCGAUCCGAUCUCGAUCGCAGGUCGCGCGCGACUGACCCAGAUCGAUAUACCCUAUACUCUCCGCGUAUUAAAACGCGAUCUCUUAUGUGCCCACUUACACACAUCGGCGAGAGAGAAACAUUCGGAAAGAGUAGGGCAAUGCUCGCCGAGUGGGCCAUCGCGUUCACCGAAAUGGGCCACGAUGGAUGAGGAGAAAAGCAGCGAUUAAUCUAUCUUUCACCGUCCCAUCGAAGACUAUACACGACGAUACACUAAUCAGAAAACGCAAAGAGCCGUGCAGUCAGUAUAGUCGCGCGCAAUGUCCAAUAAGUCGAAGCCGCAGCAUCAGGGAGUAGCAGCAGGUCUGAAGGACCCAUUGCAGCCGCAGCAGCCGCCGCGGUACCAGCCUCCGCCCCAGCCGAGCGCCGGUAUUCUCAAGAGCCAACAGAACGGAGCCGCAGCUGUCCUCCAUCAUCAUCAGCAGCAACAGCAACAGCAACAGCAUCAGCAACAGGCAGCCAGACUAGCCAGUCAGGUGAAAGAUGCGGUCCAGAGCAAGUUCGCUCAGAAGAUAGACCUGCCGCAUCACACGACUCAGAACACGAGAGUGGACAAGACGCCGUUCGGUCUUCACCCGAGCAAAAGCUACUUGCCGUCGGGUAUUCCAAGCCCCUCGACGGCGCCUCCAGGAGUAGCCGCACCAGGUACUGGUAUACCGGUCGUAGGAGUGCCCACGGUAGCAGCCAAUGCCGCGGCGUUAAACGGUCAAACUACGGCCCCAGCGCCGAGGCAGAGGAUCAGCGACGAGGAGUUUCUCAGACUCGGACCCGUCGAGAUGCUCAAGUUCGUGAGGAAGACGGAGAGCGACAUCGCGAGAUUGGCUGCCGAGCAGCACCGGCAGAUUCAGAGUCUGAUAAACGAGCUGCGAGUGCUGAAAGAAGCGAACCAGCGUCUCUCGGACGACAACCAGGAACUUCGAGACCUCUGCUGUUUCCUCGACGACGAUCGGCAAAAGGGUCGUAAGUUGGCCCGAGAAUGGCAGCGAUUCGGCCGAUACACCGCGAGCGUCAUGCGCCAAGAGGUCUCGGCUUACCAGAACAAGCUUCGACAGCUGGACAACAAGCAGCAGGAGCUCAUCAAGGACAACUUGGAGCUCAAGGAGCUCUGUCUCUACCUCGACGAGGAGCGAGGAGGAGGGCAGAGGGACGACGGGGAUGGCUCGAGUUCGAGCACCAACGCCGAUGAAAGUGCACCGCAGGUCACGCAUCCGCAUCAUAGGAUGAAUCGGCACCACGUGUCUUCCACUUUUAACGACCAAACGAUGCAGUACGUGCGGAGUCUGGAGCAGCGAGUGAAGCAGCUCGAGGAGGACAAGAACAUACUGCAAGCCAGAGCAGCGCAGAGUUGCUGGCCCGGAGGUCCGCCGAACAACGAAGUCUGGGCAGACAGUCAGAGGACACCCAGCGACGAUUUCCAACUGGACAAUCGACCCGAGGCAGUGGUCAGGGCGCUACAAGUGCUCAAGGUCCGGGAACAGCUGGACAGGGAGGCUGUACACGACGGGGAGAAGGCACUCAUCAGAGAGAUGUGCAACGUCGUGUGGCGAAAGCUGGAAGAAGGACCUGCGCAGAACAGACACUGAGCGACGAUCAACGAAUUCGCAUAAUCGAUUAUUUAUACUACAAACGUAUACACAACGACGUUCUACGAAUCAAUCACAUAGCUGAUAAGGUGUAUAAUUUUACGUAAAGGAAAACAAAAUUGUACCAUAGGUGUUUUAAUCUAUUAACGAAUUGUACAGAUUAUAUAUUAGUGUGUAGAAAGCCGCAGGCUUGCCUAGCUCGAUUGUUGAUUAAAAAGUAUCUAUUUUCUAAUA